UAGCAACAACAAACCCACCUGCCUUAAAUGGCAGUGGCGAUCAGCAGCUUGCUGUUGUCGUUCCUCUUUGACUAUUUGCCUGUGACAGCUGGUUAGAGGCAGUCUGACAGCAUAACAUGAAUACACGGGAAAGUGAAAGCGCAAACAUUUAAUUAUAGUCGUUGGGUACUCGGCGUUUUUUGUCAGUUAACCAUUUAUCAGUUGCUCUUUUUCAGCCGUCCUCCUCCGCUACAUUGACGUUAACGUUAGCUUAGCUUGCUAGCAAUCAGCGACAUUAUGGAAUGCGUAUAAAUGGAAGAGCUCUUCCUCGUUGGGUUUACCAUAAGGAGCAGUUCUGUUUUCAGUGGCUGACUUGGAUGAUACAUCCUCAGAGACUUCCCGUAAAAGGCUCACAAACUGCUAUGGAGCCGCACGCGGCUAUAGGCUGUGUGAACAUUUGCAGUCUGACCAGCACCUUGCCUGUGAUUCCCUACCAGAAGCUGACAGACCUGUACUACCUGAGCAGAGGGGGCUUCGGCACCGUGUUCAAAGCGCAGCACUCCGACUGGAGGACCACUGUGGCCAUCAAGUGUCUGAAACUCGAUUGUCCUGUUGGAGAAAGAGAGAGGAACUGCCUGCUGAAGGAGGCCGAGGUGCUCCACAAAGCCAGGUUCAACUACAUCAUCCAGAUCUUUGGCAUCUGCAACGAGCCCGAGUUUUUCUGUAUUGUCACCGAGUUUAUGAGCAAUGGCUCUCUGGACCUGUUGCUCCACGAGAAGGACAUGUACCCCAGGCUUGCCUGGCCUUUGCGACUGAGGAUCCUGUAUGAGAUUGCCCUCGGGGUUAACUUCCUUCACAACAUGAACCCACCCCUCUUACAUCACGACCUAAAGACACAGAACAUACUGUUGGAUGGUGAAUUUCAUGUUAAGAUCGCUGACUUUGGCCUUUCAAAGUGGCGACAGCUGUCCGUCAGUAAAGGCUCGGGGUCCAAGCCCACAGAGAUGGGGGGCACAGUGAUCUACAUGCCCCCUGAGAGGUACGAACCUUCCAAGAGCCGUCGGGCAGAUGUGAAACACGACAUGUACAGCUAUGCCAUCAUUAUGUGGGAAGUGCUAUCCAGGCAGAUUCCAUUUGAAGAGGUGACCAACCCAAUGCAGAUCAUGUUCAGUGUGCUACGUGGGUUGCGUCCUGACACAAGUCUGGGCAGUCUGCCUGCUGACAUCCCCAGUAGAGAAACUCUCAUCACUUUAAUGACCUGCGGUUGGACCGCUAACCCCGAUGAACGACCUUCCUUCCUCAAGUGUUUGAUUGAGCUGGAGCCCAUGGUGAGGAAUUUUGACGAAAUCGACUUACUGGAGGCCGUGUUGGAGAUCAAGAGGUCAAAGUUGAAGCAAGGAUCGGCCUGUUGUUCAGCCCAGUCAGUGAGUGAGAAGAGAAGCGAGGAGGGAUCCCUGAACAUGCUGAAGGACAGGCUCAGCCCCUGGCCGGAGAGCUCCACCUCAGGCUCAGGCUCUUGUUCCUCCCAGGACACAGACAUAUCUCUACCAGGUGCCCUCAUCAGCAGCAAUGCUGCACCUUCUAAAGAGGGGCAUCUGUCGUCAUAUUUGGCUCAUACUCUAGAGCGUCCUGAGUCUUUGAUAGACAACUGCACAGGCAACAAUCUGAAUGGCUACCAGAGUGCCAGGCCCCUUAACUAUUUGAACAUACCCAUCAAACCAGGCCUGCCUGUCACUGAAUAUGAGACACAGCUGGAUAACCUCACCCUCAAGCCUCAGCAACAAGCAGAUAACUCUCCUCCAUUGCGGCAUUCCCCUCCCUCACAAGGCCCAAUUGCCCAGUGGAUCGCGACACGGCGUGAGGAUAUUGUCUCCCAGAUGACAGAGGCCUGUCUGAACCAAAGCUUGGAUGCCCUGCUGGCCCAAACCAUGCUUAUGCGGGAGGAUUACGAGCUGGUGAAGACCCAGCCGACGCGCACUGCUAAGGUCCGCCAGCUCCUGGACAACUGUCACCGACACAACGAAGACUUCUGCCGCAUUGUCGUCCGCAAGCUGUGUGACAACAAGCAAAUGGGCCUGCAGCCGUUCCCACCUGAAAUCGGCUCCCCUACACUCGUCCCCAACACACCGCUGCUGUCCACGUCCUGCAAUAUCCCCAGGAACAAGUAGCAGCAGUCACAGCCAAUCAAUGAAAACAAUCCAGAUUAUUAACUGUGCCAACUUUACACUACAACUCUUACCUGUUCUGUUUGUCGUCAAGAUGGUCACUGUGGUUUCUGUCAGUCUUUCCCUCAAAGAGAAGGAGGAACUGAGGGCUGCGUGAGCAAAAAGAGUCACAGGUACAAAACUAAGCUUUUGGCUUUGAAGAAUACCCACUCACGAGAGACAAAAUGUUUUAUUCUGUAUAAUCAGAAUCAAAAGUUUGAAGGAAUCAAUGAUUUUAUUUAACAAUGUCAUGGAUUUAUUGAGAAAAUGUAUUUAUAAGUCCCUUCAUUCUGAGUGGAUGUAUCGCAGAGUUUCUCUCCUCCUUUGCUUUUGUCUCCAAAGCUCAGGUGUGUGUGUGUGUGUGUGUGUGUGUGUGUGUGUGUGUGUGUGUGUGUGUGUGUGUGUGUGUGUGUGUGUGGCCAUUUUCAAUCUUAAUGUUGGUGAACUCUCCUGAUAAUGUUUACUGCCUGAGAAAGUGAGCGAGCAUGUGGCCCUCAGUGUCUUUGUAUUGAAGCUAAGUAUGUAGUCUUGGACAUUAACAGCUUCACCUAACUGUAGUGUUGGAAUGAGUUGUGAUUUUGAUAGACUGUGACCCCAUGGGAAGUUUUUGACCCUUCCCCGGGCUCUUUUUCCUCCCCCUCCUUUUCUUUUUACUGCUGAACUAAAGAGAGUCGCUGGGACGUUGAGUAAAGAGGAAGUUGACAUUGUAAGAUAACACUCAGAAUGAGAGGGAUGUGUGUCUGUCUGCAUGUCUUUGUCUAGAUUAAAAGUGGACCAAAGUGAUCUAAUUUCUUUUGGUCUUCUCAGUAGUGGCCUCACCUCUCAGUAUUUUUAAUAGUGUUGUUUUAAUAGUGACACUUCAGACUCAUCUGGAUACUUCCAGAGUUGCAGUUUAUCGAUGGGUUUCACAUUUUUGAUGCUGCUGAGCUGCUCUGCAGGAGAAAUGCAACACAUGAACAUAUAAGAUCAAACAGACUUUGCUUGUAGCAACCUUUAGUUUACCUGCUUUAUAAAGUGCACUCUAAGCAGCCAAUGCUCAGUUUAUCACUCUCUAGACUCGUACGUUUUCUAUUGUAGCUGUGCUUCCUAAUCUGCUCAAAAUGACAGACACCUGUUUAUAAAAUCAUUUUCACUCUGUUUCUCAUAUACAGAGAUCAGUGACAUUUAGCAAGGCUUAAUGCAAGAAAAUACACAUUUUCACAUUAAGACAGUAGCACCAGAUUGUUUGUAUAAGUAAUACUGAGUAAUACAGUUUUUGAAUUACUUCAUGCAUUGUAAACAAAUUAUUUCUGUUUCCAUGACACAGGUGUUACUUUCAGUCCUCCUUAUAGCCAUGUUUGUAUAUGUGUGUGUAAUAGGACUGCAACUAACAAUUCCUUGACAAUUAUUUUCUUGAUCAGUCGUUUGGUCUAUAAAAUGGUAGAAAAUGUUUCCCAGAGCCCAAGGUGACAUCUUCAUAUUUUGUCCAAAACCCAAAGAUAUUUAGUUUACUGUCAUAGAAGACUAUUCACUUAUAAAUGGCUGGAACCAGUGAAUAUUUGGUAUUUUUGCUUAAAAAUAACUUAAUUGUUUUUAAAAAAAAUAGUUGAAGAUUAAUUUUCACAUUAAUUGAUUAACAAAUUGAUUCAUCAACUGACUGUUUCAGCUCUAGUGUGUAUGUUGUGUGCAGGUAUACAUCUCAUUAAGGGUCUUACUGUCUUCAUCACUGCCUUUACUUCCUACUUCCUGGGUAGCAGUAGUAAAAUAGAUACAGUAGUGUAGCUGUGUCAUUUACUGUCAUUACAUCCACAAAUUCCCCACACAAUAACCUUUGUAUUGUUCACUAUCAUUGGGUUCAAAGUUAUUUUCAGUUCAAUAAAGAACUUUAAAAAACACUGUGGGAAAUGAGCCACAGCAGGUCAUUCUUUCUCAAUUACGUAUAUCAUGUCAUUUAAAUGACAACAGGAAGGCCAAGCAAGGUCGAUAUGUUUCCAUAAUGUUGCCUUGUCUUUGAUAACUGUGCCUCAUAUUCUGCUUUUGGUCUCAACUAUAGAAAUGUGCAAAAGCGUUUUACACAUAUCAAGAAACGUUGAGUAAAAAUGCUAAAAAGCUUAAAUAUGUUGUAACAUAUUUUUUACUGUAGAUGAUAGUUUCAUCUUUUUUUAUAUAUAUUUUCAUUUGUGAUCUCUUGGUAAAAACUCAUGCAUUGUUUUUGUUAAGUGAUGAUUUGAUAUUCGUAGAAUCACCUUCUUCAAAAUAGCGGCCUCAUUUGGUGCUCAUGUCAUUAUCGGUGUCAUAAUGUGUUACAGAACCAUAGACGUACAGAACGUUCAGUUGAUAUGUAGCUGUGGUUUCAAAAGAAACUAGAUUUUUCAUAUAUUGUAUCAACCUCUUCAUUAAAAUGGGUUCUCAGUUUUAA